AUGGACAUAGAUGAAGAGCAGGGAAAUCCCAAAGACCUUCUAACAGAGCGUAACUCAAAGAGAUGGGAAAUAUUCGUGGACGGAUCAGUCAAUGGAGAAGGAAAUGGUAUUGGUAUAAUGAUCAUAUCACCAAAGGGAGCGAGAGUGGUGCACACAUUCAGAUUAGAGUUCGCGUCUACUAAUAAUGGGACAAAAUAUGAAGGAGUGGUACAUGCGUUAAGACUCGAAGUGGAGAUGAAGUUAGAUGACAUAAGAAUAACUAGUGAUUCACAGUUAGUGAUAAGACAAAUUCAAGGCAUAUACAACAUGAAUGAACCAUCUCUACAACAAUACAAAGGACUUGUCGCAGAGCUCUCGUCAAAAAUAGAGAAAGUGAACUGGAGACAUAUAUGCAGAAAUGACAAUAGAUUCGUAGAUUCCCUAGCAUUCAUCGCAUCAAUGAUAGUGGAUCCUACCACACGGUACAUAAAGAUUGAAACACUCUAUUUUCCAUCCAUCAGGAAAGAAGAAGAAGAGGCAGAUGUCAUGAUCGUGGAAAACACAGAGGAAGGAAAAGCUGAUGAAGAAGAAGAUUGGAGAUCACAACUUCAUUCAUACUUGGAGAAAGGGAAGGUACCAAGGAACAGACUAGAAGCGCACAAGUUAAAAAGCUGUGUGACAAAUUACGAAUUAAGAGAAGGGGUGCUUUACAUAAAAUCAUUCCUUGGACCAUCUCUCAGAUGCUUGACGCGAAAAGAAGGAAUGGAAAUCUUGAAAGUAGUACACUACGGAGAUGUAGGGAACCAUAGUGGAGGGAGAUCUCUAGCCUACAGAACAAGAAUGCAAGGAUAUUAUUGGCCUUAUAUGCACCAGGAUGCGAAAGAAAUAUCGAGAAGAUGCGAGGAAUGUCAGAGAUUUGGGAUCCCGGUGCAGUUGGUUUCAAACAAUGGAAAGCAGUUUGAGGGCGAAAACAUAGAAAUGUUGUUGAAUGCAUUCAAGAUACAAAGUGGAAAAUCUACCCCUUUAUACCCUCAGAGCAACGGGCAUGUUGAGGCAACCAACAAGACAGUAGCAGACAUAUUGAAGAAGAAGUUGGAAGGGAACAAUAAAGGAUGGUGCGAGCAAGUGCACAAUGCAGUGUGGGAAUACAGAACGACACGAAGAGAGGCUACAGGGAUGUUCCCCUUCUGUCUAACAUAUGGAGUAGAAGCAGUACUACCAACUGAAGUCAUCAUACCAACCACCAAGAGAGAGGCAUUGGAGAAGAAUUUAAAUACAGAUUUAAUCUUAGCAAAGAUAGAUGACUUGGAGGAAAACAGAGAAGUCGCUCUGCAAUAUAUGGAAAAUUAUCAUAACAGGUUGGCGAGAGAAUAUAACAAGUGUGCCAAGAAAAGAGAAUUCCAACCAGGGGAGCUAGUGCUAAGAGAAAUACCACCUUAUCAAAAGGGAGGAGAUGGAAAUCUAGAGAAGAAAUGGGAUGGACCAUAUAUAAUAAAAAGAAUAGUCGGAAAUGGGGCAUAUGAGUUGAUGGAUCCAGAACGGAAGAAUACCGGGCGAAAACUCGAUCACCCAUGGAAUAGGAUAUAUCUAAAAAAGUAUUAUCCAUAA